CGAGCCUCCGUCUGACUCCCCACCUGUCAGCAUGUUCCAACAUUUGGAGGUCUUCUAUUACGUUUUCAUCCUCCUGGUCCAAAUGAGGUCCUGCUCCGGCUGGUCAGUGAAUAAUUUCUUGAUGACUGGACCCAAGGCCUACCUGAUCUACUCCAGCAGCGUGGCAGCGGGAGCUCAGAGUGGAAUUGAAGAGUGUAAAUUCCAAUUCGAAUGGGACCGCUGGAACUGCCCUGAGAGAGCCCUGCAGUUGUCCACGCACAGCAGUCUGCGCAGCGCAAACCGGGAGACGGCCUUCGUCCAUGCCAUCAGCUCAGCGGGAGUGAUGUACACGUUAACCAGGAACUGCAGCCUUGGUGACUUCGACAACUGCGGUUGUGAUGACAGCAGGAAUGGACAGCGAGGUUUGACAAACACGCGUAGAGGACCUGACAGACUUGUGUAUACUGACGCUGAGCGUCCUCCAGGAGGUCACGGCUGGCUGUGGGGCGGCUGCAGCGACAACGUGGGCUUCGGCGAGGCCAUCGCGAAACAGUUCGUCGACGCUUUAGAAACCGGUCAGGAUGCCAGAGCCGCCAUGAAUCUCCACAACAACGAGGCUGGACGCAAGGCAGUGAGGGGGACCAUGCAGAGGACGUGCAAAUGCCAUGGUGUGUCUGGAAGCUGCACCACCCAAACCUGCUGGCUGCAGCUGCCAGAGUUCAGAGAGGUCGGAAACUACUUGAAGGAGAAGUACAACCGAGCCCUGAAGGUGGACCUCCUGCGUGGAGCGGGGAACAGCGCGGCCAGCCGAGGGGCCAUCGCCGACACCUUCAGCUCCAUCUCUCGAAAAGAACUGGUCCAUUUGGAAGACUCCCCCGACUACUGCUUAGAAAACCGCACCCUGGGCCUGCCGGGCAUGGAGGGCCGCGAGUGCGUCAAGAAGGGCAAGAACCUGAGCAAGUGGGAGAAGCGGAGCUGCAAGAGGCUGUGUGGCCAGUGUGGGCUGGCGGUGGAGGAGCGCACGGCUGAGACCAUCUCCAGCUGUAAUUGUAAAUUCCACUGGUGCUGUGCGGUGAAGUGUGAGCAGUGCAGAAAGACGGUGACCAAGUACUUCUGCGUGAAGAAAGGAGUGCAGAGGAAGAAGACCGACAACCGCCGGAAGAACCUCAGACUCAGGAGGAAACACUGAGCAUCUUUCAUAACAUCUCUUACACACAUAUAUUUUUUUACACUGUAAGCAUUUUGUGGACUUGCAUCAGACUUUCUUCUGCAUCCUCUCUCCAGUAUCAGCUAUUUAUUAUCACUUACUUUAGACAUUAAGUGACCUGUGGCUACAACACUGUGAACCAGCUCAAUGCCCUGCCACAUACUAGUUUGCUCCUAGAGGGUUCACCACAGCAGAUUUCUCCAUGAGCCUGUCCUUCAGUGGGUUCUUUAUACACGUCUAAUUUCCGUGCAGUUUGAUCAUUUUACAUGAAAACUUGAGUGUUAUUGGAGCUUCCGCUGUUGCAGUCCAACAUGGGACUUGGUUCAUAGCAAAAUGGUGGCCAACAAUUGACAUCGCACCAGACAUAGAUUCCAUCGCUAUGCAUGUUUUAUUUUAUACAUAAAUAUGACUUUAUGAUUUCGUAAAGCGCCUCCUAAUUUCAAAUAAUUGGAUCCUACUUUGGUGCAAAUAAUAUAAUUUCAGUAUGAAAUAUUCCUUGCAACCUGUAUAAAUACAAAUUCCGUUUCAUGUUUUGCUAUUUUUAUUGUGAAUUCUUGUCUCUCUUGACUUGGUGCGCCCUGCCCGCACUCUCUUCUUCGCCACCUGCUGUACAGUCUACUGUUACUCCCCCCAUAUACCGGCAACACUUUUCGGAACAUACUUCUAGUUCUACUGACGUCAGUGAUGGUCCAGAAGAAUGAAGAAGUCGAACCGCUUCCCUGUAUGGCACGGCUAGCUCCAAAUAUGAAGAGGACAUAAAACAAAAAGAAACCGCUCACCUUCCCUGCCCACGAAAAUGUAUUUAAUUGUAUAUAAAAUGAAGCACUUUGUUCUGUACAUUGUUAAUUUAUUGCACAGCAUUUCUGUGUCGUAUGUUU